UACUCCAUCCUUCCUUAAACAGGCCGCGCUUCAGUAAUUGCCACCUCUAUUUUGUUUUUCCUUCGCCUCUUCAUCGGCAACGUCACUUCUGAUAUCAAUGCCGACUUCUUCAACGGAAUUCUAGGGUUUCAAUGAUCGGCAUUGUCGGUUUUCUUCGCAUUUCUUCCUUCUUCACGUUUUCCGAACUGAAUUUCAGCUUACUCUCCCCGAAUUUCAUCUACAUUUUGUGAAAUUCUCAUCGUUUACCCACCGAACAGUCUCUCUCGAAAUUCUAAGUGAUCACCGACGGUGAAAUCUGAGAUUUACCCUGAUACACAUCAAUGCCAUAGGAGUUUUACGAUAUUUUAGCUAGUAAGCGCGCUCAAGUUCAGGCAGCCAAGGGUGUGGUCUAGUGGUCAAUGAAGUUGAAUCAGAGUCGUGAGACCUUGUUCAAAUCCCAGCAAAGACAAAAGCACCAGUUUCACAAGAACUUGAUGGUAUGUCCUCUUGGAAGUGGGAGAAUGGAAACCUUGACAAGGUUUCUUGUAGCUGGAAAUAUCCAACAAACAGCUUCAGAGGAAGCAGGCCACCAUAAAUUAGCUGCUCAGUACAUUCAAAGAGAAUUGAGAGAGGCAGAUGAAGCGAAUUUGAUUGAUGAAGAAGAUAUGCACGUGUUUGGUUUGAGGCCACUUACCGAUCCUUUGCAUUUGGUGUGUUGCAAUGCUUGUAAGAAGCCAAUAAAAGCCAGCCAAUACGUUGCCCAUUCAGAGCUUUGUAAGUCAUUAAUCUCUGCAGAAGAAAUUGCUUUGGAGGUCAAUGAUGGUACCGUACACAAGAAACGCCCGAGGAAAGAGAGGAAAAAGUCACUUACUGCAUACACUAACAAACCUAUAUCAGUCAGAAAGAAAGCAAAACCUGAAUUGUUAGAUAAUGGUUUUGCUGCAUCAUCAUGCUGUUCGGAGGAGCUUCAUUCAACUGUUUCCUUUCCUAAAGAUAAAAGAAUUUCAUCACACUUAAAUGUGGCCAGUGUGAGAAAUAGUUCCAUGGUUAAUCCCGGACCUGUAGAUUGCUCAGAAGGUGCAAUCUUGCACCAGGAAGAAAAUUCUAAGAUGCUAAUUGUGGGAAAUCGGCAGCUAUUAGCUGAUUUUGGUGCAGUAAAUGGUGUUACUAAGAGUUGGUCUGCAAAUUCAAGAGAAGCUAUCCCCGUUUCAGGUGAGGAUCAUCAAGAAAGGUCAACCGCUGGCAGUGACAAUACUGGUAGUCGUGCUGUUGCAGUUAAAAUUGCCACUCAAGUCCAAAAUUUUUGUUCAAAGGCUGAAGAUGUUCCACAUCCACUUGCAACUAAGAUGUACUAUUCUCAGAGAGUAGUUCGUCUCAGAUCAGCUCUCAGUUAUAUGUAUCAUGAGGCAUCAUCUAAUGAGAGUGGCAAUGAGUUUGCCUGUCCAAAAGUAUUAAAAAGUAAUGUGAUGCCAGCGGACAUACUGUGUCAUAGCAACAACUCCCAUAUACUAAUUAAUUACCAGCAGGAGAAGGCAGUCACAAUUUCUCCCUGUGGAAAGCUCAAGUUUCAAUGCUUAUGUGUGGUCAUGAUCUCUAUGGGUGUCUCAAUGGCUCCAUCUGUCAAAACAAUCAACGUGUUGAUAACCCUGAGUUUGUUCCUUGGUAUCGCCAAGAUCAGUAAAUACAAAAUGCUAUCCUGGCCUCUGUUGAUCCUACACUUGCCCCCAUUAUUGCUGUGGCGGUCUCUGCAAAAGCUGCCUGAAUGUUUUGUACACUGCUUAUGUGAAGAAAUCUCAAACAAGAAUCUUCAGCUUGCGCGACUGAUCAUCUCGCCUCCUUAAAGGCUCUCGUCCAGUGACAGAUUAUCUUCAUCAAGUUUGAUCACUUUGGAUGAGCUUGCAACUGCUGGUGUGCCUGUACAAACCCGAAACUCAUUGUUAAAAUUCUUGGUGACUAGAUCUGAAUUUUGAGAACUCUCUGCAUUAUGAAAUUGAGGAUCUUGGUCUGCUGCCAUUUCUGCUCGAGAUUCUACAAUUUCUUAUGAAGUGCAUUAUGAAAAGCUUCUGGAUCCAUGAGCUUUUCCUUAAGCAUGAGGAAGACAAGAAGCCGCUAUCAACUCCUAUUACCGCUGCUGUAGCACAGCAGACAAGCUGAAUUCCUCGCCAGGAUAACAAUAAUAACUCCAGCAAUCGUCUUCCAGGUGUGAACACUCCUGCCAACGAUCAGCAAUGGCAAGCACAAUCAUGGUGCCCAUGAAGAAACAACCAGCUGCAGCCCUUUGACAAAUACCUUUUGCUGCCAACUAUAUGAACCCAUGUGUCAUUCACUGCCGACUUGCUAUUUCUUUCCAUUGACAAGUUUGUAUUUAACAACAGGUCAUCAACAGUAAGGCUUCUGGUCCUGCACCCUAUCCAACAUUUUUCAGCAUGAAAGAGCUUCAUAAAUAGGAGGGUUGGAUUCAGAUAAUGCACCUGAUUUCUGUCUACCUCACAGACAAUCGGGUAUCAUCUGCAUAAAGCAAAUGGGAAAUGUUGACAGUGGCCCUUCUCCCACAUCAAAGCCGUUCAGCUACUGUAUCUCCUUGGCUUUGUCCAGCAUUCUUUAGUUCUUUUCUGUGAUCUCCAUUUAGAGAUGGUAGAGGCAGAAGAAUUUAUCUUAAUUAGCAUGUGAUUGUUACUUAUUGCACGUCCUCCUUCAAUGAGUGCAAAAUAUGCUACCUCUUGAUCUAUAGAUGUCAGAUUUUCUGCUAAAUAUUUACUGAAGAUGUGACAAGGAGUACUAUAGAAUGCUUAAUCCAAAAAGCAAAAGAGAAGAGGGAAAACCAUGGAAUAUUAUUUCUAAAAGGGCUGUAAUGUAGUUACCGGAAAAAUGGGAUUUAUAUCAUAAGGUUGUGUUAUCUUU